UCAACCAUAGGAAUGUGGUUAAACUAUUAGGAUGUUGUCUUGAAACAGAAGUGCCCUUAUUAGUUUAUGAAUUCAUCACAAAUGGAACCCUUUUUUACCACAUUCAUGAUCAAAGUCAUUCAUCCUCACUUUCAUGGGAAAAUCGUCUGAAGAUAGCAGUAGAAACUGCUAGAGCACUUGCAUACUUACAUUCUGAAGCUUCUAUGCCAAUUAUUCAUAGAGAUGUAAAAACUACAAAUAUACCUUUAGAUGAUAAUCUCACCGCAAAAGUGGCUGACUUUGGAGCUUCAAGGCAAUUUUCUCUUGAUCAAACAAGAGUAAGCACUUUGGUGCAGGGAACUUUCGGGUACUUGGACCCAAAGUAUUUUCAUACUGGCCAACUAAUAGAGAAAAGUGAUGUUUACAGAUUUGGUGUUGUUUUGGCAAAAGUAUUGACGGGUAAGAAGGUAGUUUUUUCUAAUGGGACGGGAAGUGAUAGAAAUCUUUCUAUAUCAUUUGUUUAUACGGUGAAAGAGAAUUGUAUACUGCAAAUUCUUGACAAUCACAUUAUAAAUGAGGGUAAUAUUGAGGAAUUGAAGGAAGUGGCUAAUCUAGUAAAAAGGUGCUUAAGUGUAAGAGGGGAGGAUAGGCCCUCUAUGAAGGAAGUGGCAAUGGAGUUGGAGGGUUUGAGAAUUGUGUAAAGGCAUCCACGGGGAAAGGCCAAUCUCUAUACAGAAGAGACUGAG